AUGAAAUUCGGCCGCAAUCUACCCAGGAACAUGGUUCCGGAAUGGAGCUCCUCCUAUAUCAAAUACAAAGCAUUGAAGAAGCUGAUAAAGUCAGCUGUCCAAGCUAAAAAGACAGGAAAUGACCCCGAUUUAGCUGGCUUCUUCUACAGCCUUGAUCGAAAUCUCGAGGAUGUGGAUAGUUUCUACAAUAAGAAGUUCUCGGACUGCUCUCGCCGUUUGAAGCUUCUUGAAGACAGAUUCGGCCUCUCAGUGGCCUCGCCGUCCCAUCUAGAUUCCGAAGACACCGAGGAUCUGUUGGCAGCUCUAUUAGAGCUCCGUGGCCAGCUACGUAAGUUACAGUGGUACGGGGAGGUUAACCGCCGAGGGUUCAUCAAGAUUACCAAGAAACUGGAUAAGAAGCUUCCUGGCGCCAAUGCACAGACAAGAUACCUUUCAACCAAAGUUAACCCAGCCUCGUUCGCGACAAACUCUCGCCUAUUGACUUCCGUGAAUUCCAUCAAUGAGUGGCUGUCUAUCCUGGGCCAUGAGAAGGUCAUGGAUGAUAAUAGCUCUACCCAUUCCGCUCUUUCGUUGAAGAAACCUUCUUCCGGGGUAAUUCUUAAUCUUCCUACCACCCUCCUGCUGUCUGUGGAUGAUGCCCUUAGGCAAGAUGAUGCCAAUACUCUUCUAGACCUACUUCCAACCCUCAAGACUGCUGCUGAUGGACUUGGAGAGACAGUAUUCACCAAAGUUUUGAUGUCCUUACAGCAACGUUCAAUCUUCUACCGUUCAAAGGACUGCCUUGCCACACUCUUACAACGAGUCACCUCCCUUGAGGAAGAAGAUGACAUUAACAAAAGAAACUGUAUCCAUCGUCUGGUCAUCUCGAUUGGCCGGUCACAAUCAACGGUUGACCCUGAAUCUUCGGCCACCAUGGUGUUGAACUUCCCUACGGAAACAUCAAAUUACAUUACACCAGCAACGACCCCAACACUAAAGCCCCAGAGGCCAGUUGUAAUGGAAUCAGACCACCCAAAUCAGAUUGGGCGUGAAAGCCCUGUCGUGAUAUUUCUACAGUAUCUUCUCGACAAUCUACUCCCUCACCAACGCCCGGCACUUCUCGCAAGAGAUAUAUCGGGGAAGACGCCCUUGCAUUUCGCCGCGCAGUACGGAUUUAAAGCUGUCUGCGACGUGAUAAUCGAGCGCCUUCAGGACUGGGAUAUGUUUGAUGUAUCGGAGGGUAUUGAUGGGCCUCUUUGGCAAGAUGAGGACGGCAUGGCGCCUCUCCACUUAAGUGUAGUUGGUGGCCACCCGCUAACUACCAAGACGCUUCUGGAUUCCGAGAACUGGAAGGGCAGUAACCAGGAUAUGACAGCAAUUCGGAAAAAUAUUCUAAAAUCCAGCGCUGUACUUGCGCUUGCUACAAAAGCCAACUUUGUUGAUAUCGUCCAUCUUUUGGUCGAGGCAGGUGUGAACAUCAACUAUCAGGACGAACAAGGCGAGACAGCCCUUCAUGCCGCCGCUAGAUUUGGCCAUGAUCAGUGUGCGGCCGCGCUCCUCGAAGGAUCGGGUGAACAAAAGGCCAACAUUGAACUAGCUGAGAAUACCUACUCUUGGACUCCCUUGUUCAUCGCCUCUGUGGAUGGACAUAUAAACGUCGUCAAACUGCUAAUUGAAGCAGGGGCAAACCUAGAGGCUACCGAUUCCUCUGGCUGGACUGCAAAGGAACACGCAACACUUAGAGGUCACAUCGAUAUCGCCCGCCUUUUGGAUGAAGCCACGGCUUCUUCGGAUUGUGGCGUUGAGUCAGAUGUCGCAUCGCAGUCUACAAUAUCUUCAUCUCCCCCGACUCAGUCUUCGUUGAAUGAUCGGAACUCGAAAGACCGCGCACCUGAUGCGGUAAAAUCCUUUGGCCAUCGCUAUUUGACAGACGAGAGCAUGAUUCUCGUAAGCCUUGGAACAAUGGAUAUGAGAAAAACGGCGGAUCCCGUCAGUCUUGACCGGAUUCCUAUGGCAGAAGCCCAUCUAACACAGCUUGAUACCGCUCUUUCCAUUGUUGUCUCUGCGAGCGGCGCCCAUGGUGAACCACAGAUAAUUGAUCUGCCAGUCCAAGAUAACAUCUCAACGGAGCCUAUAGUUUUCCAUACUGCAGACUCCAGCAAGACAAAAAUUGUCUUUGACUUAGUACCUACAUAUGCAGGCUCCAAAGAUCAAGUUUUCGGUCGUGGUGUAGCCCUGCUGUCUAGCUUUAAGCCCACCGUUGGAUCAAGCCGAUCCAAUCUACAAGGAGAUUUCGUGGUUCCAAUCAUAGCCGCGAAGACCCUCGAGAUUAUCGGCUCGGUGACCUUCAACUUCCUUGUUAUUACGCCUUUCACCCAUCCUAAAAUGUCGGUUACGGAAGAUCAAACAUACUGGAAGAGCGUUACAUCACCCAUGGUUAUUGGCCAUCGAGGGCUUGGAAAGAAUAUUGCUGGGCGCCAUUCUCUACAACUAGGAGAAAAUACUGUCCAGUCAUUUAUCGCGGCUGCGAACUUGGGCGCUUCAUAUGUUGAGGUGAACGUGCAAUUGACCAAGGAUCAUGUUCCGGUUAUUUAUCAUGACUUCCUUGUCAGUGAAACAGGCAUAGAUGCGCCGGUUCAUACUCUUACGUUGGAACAAUUUCUUCACAUCAGUGAUGGCCGAAAGCCGGCUGGAAAGCAAACUUCCAACCACAGUGGAACACCAAAUUCAGACGAUGGAUUUCCACGGCUGUUGCACACACGACCGCGGUCCAUGUCUGUUGGAGAAGAACUAGACGUUCCAAAUCUCAGUGAAAGGAUGAAGCAUACCAGAGACUUCAAAAAGAAGGGUUUUAAAGGAAACUCACGCGGCGAUCACAUACAAGCUCCUUUUGCAACUCUCGAGGGGCUCUUCAAGGAGCUACCAAAAUCUGCAGGAUUCAACAUGGAAUUAAAAUACCCCAUGCUUCACGAAAGUGAAGAAGAAGAAAUGGACACAUACGCCGUGGAACUAAACUCGUUCGUUGACAAUGUGCUUCGGAUAGUCUAUGACCACGGUGAAGGAAGGAACAUGAUAUUCUCGUCUUUCAAUCCAGACAUCUGUCUGCUCCUUUCUUUCAAACAGCCUUCCAUUCCUGUCUUGUUUCUCACUGAUUCCGGAGUGAGCCCUGUUGCCGAUAUUCGAGCCAGCAGUCUCCAAGAAGCUAUUCGGUUUGCCUCUAGAUGGAAUUUGCUAGGGCUUGUUACGAAUGCUGAACCGUUGGUGCUUAGUCCCAGGCUUGUGAAAGUCGUAAAGGAGUCAGGUUUGGUAUGCGUUUCUUAUGGGACGAUAAACAACGAUCCAGCCAAUGUCAAGGUCCAAGUCAAUGAAGGUAUUGACGCUGUCAUUGUUGAUAGUGUCCUUGCCAUUCGACAAGGGUUAACUGGUGUUGAGGCAUAG